GUUUACAGCUGUUUGUUUACUGCCUCGAUUUAUUUACAGCAAUACUUGUAGGGUUUUAAAACAUUUCUCCAAACCCCCCAACUCAGACUAUUGAAAACAAAAAAACAAAAGCCCAAUCUCUUAUUCUAUCUAUCCUCAGGUGUAUAUGCUGUAAGCUUGUAAACCUUCUUAUCCUCAUGCAUGCUAUAAAAGGUGGAUGGGUUGGGCAAACAUUUGCCCUAGCUAAGUGCAAUGAGUCCGGAGGGAAGAAGUCUCGGAUUCGGCGUUCUAAGGAGGAAAGAAAGGCAAUGGUUGAAUCUUUUAUAAAUAAGUAUCAGAAAUCAAACAAUGGAAACUUUCCAUCUCUUAACCUCACCCACAAGGAAGUUGGUGGGUCUUUCUAUAUAGUAAGGGAGAUUGUGCGAGAGAUAAUACAAGAAAAUAGAGUUUUGGGUCCUGCUAAGUUGACUGAAGGGGAGCAGAACAUAGAUCAGCUCUUGGAGCAAAAUCCACUUGGUUCAAUUUCCACUGCACCUGAAACUCUUUUUCCCAUACAAUCAAAUGGAAGUCCUUUUGUUCCUAGUCAUCAUGAAACUGAUGAAUCAGUUUCUGUUACUGAUGGGCUUUCUAUGGGAUCUGAAUAUAAAAAGUUUGACAGUGAGCAAAUUAUUAAUGGGAAUCUUGUAGAUGUGACCAAUGGAACUGAUAAAGCAGACAUUGUAGAGUUGCAAGUAAUUGAACCACUGGAAAGUGAUAAAAGUGGGAAAGAACUGGCAGCAACCACAUCUAAAGUCACUCAAAUAACAGCAGAGAUAGUAGUAGAGACAUUUCCAUUACGGCCUGUUGCUAAAACAACUGACAUCAUUGAUGGAAGGUCUAGCGAAGUAAGGAAAUUAGAUGAAAAUUUGGAUAAAACAGAAAAUGUGAAGGUGAAUUUGAGUCUAGAAAAUGGCAGUUCUAAUUUAGAUGAUAUGAAUGCCUCUGAGGUUUCUAUUUUGACAGAUGAGAAAGAAGAGGAAAACAAUGUGGAUUUAUUUUUGGAGAAGAACUCUGAUGUAGCAGAUAAUAAAGUGGUGGAAAACAUUUCAGAUCCGCUAUUAGAAAGCUCAUAUUGCUCUACCAUGGAAAAUGCCGUGAACGAUACUAACAAUGGUGCAGCGUUAGAGCUCUCUUGUAAUGAUGUUUUAACAUCUGAAACAAAUAAACAAAGCCAAGCAAUUGUUGGACUGGCAAUAAAUGCUUCAAAUGGCAUCCACCCAAAAAUUCAUGGCACUCGCACUGGCAGCAGCAGUGGGGAGUCAACAACCCAAGAAGCUGUUGUGGCUGAAAGUAAAGUUGAUGUGCAGCAUGUCAACUCCAAGAAAGGAAGCAAUAAAACAUUAGACAGAAUUAAUCUGAUUGCAUUGGUUUCUGUGGGCAGUGAAUCGUGGGAAGGGGCAUCAAAAAGUGCUGCAGAAUCCAAAACUAACCCAAUUUUGGCUAUUUUCAAAUUCUUUAUAGCAGCCUUUGUGAAAUUCUGGUCUGAAUAAAAGUUUUGGUUUGUUUUUGAAUUUGGAGAGUAAUGCAAAAUUUACUAGAGUUUUAUUCACAUUGAAGUCUGUGGGACUUUUUCUGUUGUAGUCCCAAUUUCAUUCAAUUCAGCAUGCUAAAUGUUCCUGCAGUAAUAAAGUACCGAUCAUGGCAUUAAAAGAGUCUGGCAGGUGUAUCGGCGGCUCAUGUUGAAUGUUGUGAUUGGGAGCACUUAUUAUUCCAUGUGUAUAUCUACUUGAGUUGAAUGUUACCAUGGGACACUUAUUUCAUGAACAGAGUUAGAUACAACAUCAAAUGCGAGAAGAGUGGUAUUGUUUAUAGAUCGUUAGAUGUUCAUUCGUUUUAUUUGAUGUGCCAGGUAAGCAGGAUGACAAACAUCAAAUGCAAGGAAAAAAAGGGACUUAGAUUUACUGAAUCCCUGCUUUUGCAUCCGAAAGCUUAGGAUCCUCCUGUUUUCUGAUAAAAGACACAAUAUACUUAGUACAAGGCAAGAGAUUGGUAAAAAAGACGACAUGCAAUUUAAUAUUUAGCAGAUGUGUCAUCCCAGACAAAUUCUGCGGCAAUCGAACCAACAUUUUAAUAUUUGCCAAUCUGAUAUUAACUCAACUGACAUGUCGUUUGUUGAGGGAUUUAAGUGCGCGAUAUCUU